AUGUCCGUCGCGAAUGGCGCGACUGGCGGCGCCGCUAACGAUGCCGGUCUGUUACAGGUUCAAGAGCAGCAGGGCAGUAGCGGAGCUGUGAAACCUUCCGCGACGGCUGCUGCUGGUGGGGCUGAGAACGGCGGAAAGGAUGGUGACGCUGCUUCACCGGGCACUGCGGGUCGAUCGUCGCUUAGCUCUGAAGUGUCCCCCUCGCCAGAUGCGAUCCCGGCCAUCGAUUGGAUGCUCGGGCAGAUGAAACGUUCGCUGGGUCAGCAGAAAAAAGAGACUGGUGCUGCUUCGAGCGUGGUGGCGGAGCACGGGGAUGAAACCCCUGCUGCAGCGGGCAGUGGUUCAGCUGGUAGUGGUUCCGCUUGGCUGCCCGUUCCCCGGUCGCACAGAUCUGCCCCUCCCCCCGAAGUUGUCAACGCAGCCGCGAAGCUUUUGGCGGGAACUGGGACGCUGCUCGACCAGAAUGAAAUUAAGGGCCUUGGGAAUUCCGCGAAGUCUAAAGCAUCCGUAUUAGGGUUCGGUUCAGUAGCAGCGUUUCCGACGAAGGGUGUUGCAUUGAAUUUUGCAUUUGAGGCUGCUAAUGGGGCAGACAAUGGAGUGGAAGCAGCAGGUGGAGAGAUGGCGCGCAUUUCAAGCUGCAACAGGAGGCUGCAUGAUACGCCGUCUCGUCGCCAGUUCACCUGUCAAACGGUCGCAACAGACAUGAGUUACGCGGCCUAUAAAGUUGUCCACCCGCCGACCGGCGUCACAUGCUGUGCGUCUGGGUUCCUUACUCGCUCCGCGGCCGCCGAGCCUCUGCCGAACCUGAUCGUCAGCCGCGGAAAUGUCUUGCAAGUGUUUUCGGUGCGAAGCGACGUGGUGCGCGGGGAGGCGGAGGAGGGGGAGCGGAAAGGGGAAGCGGGGAAAGACGGGGGAAGUCGCAAUGAUGCAGGAAACAGCGUUCUUCCUGGAGCAACGCUGGAUGUUGUCUGCGAGUUCAGGCUGAACGGAGUGGUAGAGAGCAUAGCGGUCGUGCCAGGCGCGGCAGCAGCUGACGCAGCAGGCUGGGUGGGGACUGGGGGAGGUGGAUCUAACUCCACGGGUGGUGGGGGAAAAGGAGCAGGGCGAGGUGCGGCAGGGGGAGAGGGGGGCGGGAGAGGAGGGAGAGGGAGGGGGGGACGGCAAUCGGGAAGGAGAGAAGGAAGAGGUGGUGCAGGGAGCGCAGGGGACCCGAGUGCAGCACAGGGUGCUACUGGUGGUGGCAUUGGCAGUGGAAACAGCAGCGUUUGUGGUAGUGGCAGCGGCAGCGGCAGUGGCGGCAUGGGGUACAGUGGUCGCAAGGAUGCGUUGGUGCUGACGUUUCGAGAGGCCAAAGUGUCCGUGGUGGAGUUUGAUGAUGCGGUGCAGAGGCUCAAAGUCAGCUCCCUGCAUUACCUCGAAGGGCCUGAGUGGACGGCCCGAAAGCGGGGCAGAGAAAACUUUCCGCUCCCGCCCAUCGCGCGCUCCGAUUGGUCGGGCAGGUGCUCUGCUGUGCUGGUGUACCGCUGCCACCUGCACUUUCUCACUCGCAAGCAGCCAGGUCACACCCAGACAGGUCACAACCAUCCAGGCAACACAGAGACAGGUCCAGAUGCUGCCCUCAUCUCUCCCACAACCCAACGUUCUGCUUCCUUCAAGGGAGGCUUGGACCGUUCCUCCUCAUUCCGAGGAGGCUCAGCAGGCGAGGCUCCCAGGUUUGGCGGCUCGUUCACUAUCGACUUGCGCCCCCUUGGGAUCUCCAAUGUGCGGGAUUUUGUCUUCUUGUCCGAGCCUGGAGACCCGAUCGUAGCAGUGUUGUGGGAGGAGGGCAGCGCGUGGGCGGGGAGGCUGGGAGGGUCAUCCCCUGCUGUUCUAGAGGCCCGCUUCUCCUGUGCUGUCACCUUUCUGCGAGUGUCCCUGCACACCCGCUCACACCUCAUACUUGGGACCACCAAGGUGAGCAUAGUAGCAGAGCAGCGUUGUGGGAGGAGGGCAGCGUAUGGGCGGGAGGCUGGGAGGCUCGUCCCCUGCUGUUCUAGGGGCCCGCUUCUCCUGUGCUGUCACCUUUCUGCGAGUGUCCCUGCACACCCGCUCACACCUCAUUCUUGGGACGACCCCCUCACACCAGCGGAUUUUCUCUGCGAUGGUCAUUGCCUCCCUCUCCCCUCCCUCUCCCCCCUCGCUCCGCCCUUCUUGCAGCAUCUUCCUUUCAAUUCUUGCAGUCUGUUCCCCGCCCCCUUCCCCAAAACCUCUUCCCCUCUCCCCUCCCGCUCCCUCCCUCUCCCCUCCCGCUCUCCUCGCUCUCCCCCCCUUCUCCCCCCACACUCCACCGUUCUUGCAGCAUCUCCCCUUGGACGCCUACGCGCUCUUCCCGCCCCCCUUCCCGCUCUGGAGUGGAGCCGGCUCGUCCUCCCUCCCCACUCCCUCCACUUCCGCUCCUUGAGAAUUCUUAAAAACGAGCCUUCCCUCCCUACCCUCCCUGCUCCACCCUACCUGCAGCAUCUUCCAUUUGACUCCUACGCGCUCUCCCCCGCCCCGUUCCCCCCCGGGGGGCUCCUCGUCCUCUCCCCCCACUCCCUCCACUUCUGCUCCUCCUCCUCCACCUUCCACCUGGCUCUCAACGAUUCGUCGCCGCCCGCACUGCCAGAUGGCACCGAGAUCCCCCGUCCACGUCAGCAGCCAGGGCAGGUGCCGCUGUCUGUGGAGCUGGAAGCAGCCCAUGCCACGUGGCAGCCUGUGAUUGGGCCAAGUGGAGGGCCGGUCGGGGUUGGUGGGAGCAGCAGCAGUGCUGUUGCGUUUCUUGCGAGUAAAGGCGGCGCUCUGGUGGUGGUGAAAGUGACUCCUGAGGCCAACGGCUUCCAGUUCCACCCUCUCACCCUUUCCUCCCUCUCACCCUUUCCACCCUCUCACCCUUUCCACCCUCUCACCCUUUCCUCCCUCUCACCCUUUCCUCCCUCUCACCCUUUCCUCCCUCUCACCCUUUCCACCCACUCACCCUUUCCUCCCUCUCACCCUUUCCACCCUCUCACCCUUUCCUCCCUCUCACCCUUUCCACCCUCUCACCCUUUCCUCCCUCUCACCCUUUCCACCCUCUCACCCUUUCCUCCCUCUCACCCUUUCCACCCUCUCACCCUUUCCUCCCUCUCUCCCUUUCCUCCCUCUCACCCUUUCCACCCUCUCACCCUUUCCACCCUCUCACCCUUUCCUCCCUCUCACCCUUUCCUCCCUCUCACCCUUUCCACCCUCUCACCCUUUCCACCCUCUCACCCUUUCCACCCUCUCACCCUUUCCUCCCUCUUACCCUUUCCACCCUCUCACCCUUUCCACCCUCUCACCCUUUCCACCCUCUCACCCUUUCCUCCCUCUCACCCUUUCCACCCUCUCACCCUUUCCUCCCUCUCACCCUUUCCUCCCUCUCACCCUUUCCACCCUCUCACCCUUUCCUCCCUCUCACCCUUUCCUCCCUCUCACCCUUUCCACCCUCUCACCCUUUCCACCCUCUCACCCUUUCCACCCUCUCACCCUUUCCUCCCUCUUACCCUUUCCACCCUCUCACCCUUUCCACCCUCUCACCCUUUCCACCCUCUCACCCUUUCCUCCCUCUCACCCUUUCCACCCUCUCACCCUUUCCUCCCUCUCACCCUUUCCUCCCUCUCACCCUUUCCACCCUCUCACCCUUUCCUCCCUCUCACCCUUUCCUCCCUCUCACCCUUUCCACCCUCUCACCCUUUCCUCCCUCUCACCCUUUCCUCCCUCUCACCCUUUCCACCCUCUCACCCUUUCCACCCUCUCACCCUUUCCACCCUCUCACCCUUUCCUCCCUCUUACCCUUUCCACCCUCUCACCCUUUCCACCCUCUCACCCUUUCCACCCUCUCACCCUUUCCUCCCUCUCACCCUUUCCACCCUCUCACCCUUUCCUCCCUCUCACCCUUUCCACCCUCUCACCCUUUCCUCCCUCUCUCCCUUUCCUCCCUCUCACCCUUUCCUCCCUCUCACCCUUUCCACCCUCUCACCCUUUCCUCCCUCUCACCCUUUCCUCCCUCUCACCCUUUCCACCCUCUCACCCUUUCCACCCUCUCACCCUUUCCACCCUCUCACCCUUUCCUCCCUCUUACCCUUUCCACCCUCUCACCCUUUCCACCCUCUCACCCUUUCCACCCUCUCACCCUUUCCUCCCUCUCACCCUUUCCACCCUCUCACCCUUUCCUCCCUCUCACCCUUUCCACCCUCUCACCCUUUCCUCCCUCUCUCCCUUUCCUCCCUCUCACCCUUUCCUCCCUCUCACCCUUUCCACCCUCUCACCCUUUCCUCCCUCUCACCCUUUCCUCCCUCUCACCCUUUCCACCCUCUCACCCUUUCCACCCUCUCACCCUUUCCACCCUCUCACCCUUUCCUCCCUCUCACCCUUUCCUCCCUCUCACCCUUUCCACCCUCUCACCCUUUCCUCCCUCUCACCCUUUCCUCCCUCUCACCCUUUCCACCCUCUCACCCUUUCCUCCCUCUCACCCUUUCCUCCCUCUCACCCUUUCCACCCUCUCACCCUUUCCAUCCUCUCACCCUUUCCUCCCUCUCACCCUUUCCACCCUCUCACCCUUUCCUCCCUCUCACCCUUUCCUCCCUCUCACCCUUUCCACCCUCUCACCCUUUCCUCCCUCUCUCCCUUUCCUCCCUCUCACCCUUUCCACCCUCUCACCCUUUCCACCCUCUCACCCUUUCCUCCCUCUCACCCUUUCCUCCCUCUCACCCUUUCCACCCUCUCACCCUUUCCACCCUCUCACCCUUUCCACCCUCUCACCCUUUCCUCCCUCUCACCCUUUCCACCCUCUCACCCUUUCCACCCUCUCACCCUUUCCACCCUCUCACCCUUUCCUCCCUCUUACCCUUUCCACCCUCUCACCCUUUCCACCCUCUCACCCUUUCCACCCUCUCACCCUUUCCUCCCUCUCACCCUUUCCACCCUCUCACCCUUUCCUCCCUCUCACCCUUUCCUCCCUCUCACCCUUUCCACCCUCUCACCCUUUCCUCCCUCUCACCCUUUCCUCCCUCUCACCCUUUCCACCCUCUCACCCUUUCCUCCCUCUCACCCUUUCCUCCCUCUCACCCUUUCCACCCUCUCACCCUUUCCACCCUCUCACCCUUUCCACCCUCUCACCCUUUCCUCCCUCUUACCCUUUCCACCCUCUCACCCUUUCCACCCUCUCACCCUUUCCACCCUCUCACCCUUUCCUCCCUCUCACCCUUUCCACCCUCUCACCCUUUCCUCCCUCUCACCCUUUCCACCCUCUCACCCUUUCCUCCCUCUCUCCCUUUCCUCCCUCUCACCCUUUCCUCCCUCUCACCCUUUCCUCCCUCUCACCCUUUCCUCCAUCUCACCAUUUCCUCCCUCUCACCCUUUCCUCCCUCUCACCCUUUCCACCCUCUCACCCUUUCCACCCUCUCACCCUUUCCACCCUCUCACCCUUUCCACCCUCUCACCCUUUCCUCCCUCUCACCCUUUCCACCCUCUCACCCUUUCCACCCUCUCACCCUUUCCUCCCUCUCACCCUUUCCUCCCUCUCACCCUUUCCACCCUCUCACCCUUUCCUCCCUCUCACCCUUUCCUCCCUCUCACCCUUUCCACCCUCUCACCCUUUCCUCCCUCUCACCCUUUCCUCCCUCUCACCCUUUCCACCCUCUCACCCUUUCCACCCUCUCACCCUUUCCACCCUCUCACCCUUUCCUCCCUCUUACCCUUUCCACCCUCUCACCCUUUCCACCCUCUCACCCUUUCCACCCUCUCACCCUUUCCUCCCUCUCACCCUUUCCACCCUCUCACCCUUUCCUCCCUCUCACCCUUUCCACCCUCUCACCCUUUCCUCCCUCUCUCCCUUUCCUCCCUCUCACCCUUUCCUCCCUCUCACCCUUUCCUCCCUCUCACCCUUUCCUCCAUCUCACCAUUUCCUCCCUCUCACCCUUUCCUCCCUCUCACCCUUUCCACCCUCUCACCCUUUCCACCCUCUCACCCUUUCCACCCUCUCACCCUUUCCACCCUCUCACCCUUUCCUCCCUCUUACCCUUUCCACCCUCUCACCUUUUCCACCCUCUCACCCUUUCCACCCUCUCACCCUUUCCUCCCUCUCACCCUUUCCACCCUCUCACCCUUUCCUCCCUCUCACCCUUUCCACCCUCUCACCCUUUCCUCCCUCUCUCCCUUUCCUCCCUCUCACCCUUUCCUCCCUCUCACCCUUUCCUCCCUCUCACCCUUUCCUCCAUCUCACCAUUUCCUCCCUCUCACCCUUUCCUCCCUCUCACCCUUUCCACCCUCUCACCCUUUCCACCCUCUCACCCUUUCCACCCUCUCACCCUUUCCACCCUCUCACCCUUUCCACCCUCUCACCCUUUCCACCCUCUCACCCUUUCCUCCCUCUCACCCUUUCCUCCCUCUCACCCUUUCCACCCUCUCACCCUUUCCUCCCUCUCACCCUUUCCACCCACUCACCCUUUCCUCCCUCUCACCCUUUCCACCCUCUCACCCUUUCCUCCCUCUCACCCUUUCCACCCUCUCACCCUUUCCUCCCUCUCACCCUUUCCACCCUCUCACCCUUUCCUCCCUCUCACCCUUUCCACCCUCUCACCCUUUCCUCCCUCUCUCCCUUUCCUCCCUCUCACCCUUUCCACCCUCUCACCCUUUCCACCCUCUCACCCUUUCCUCCCUCUCACCCUUUCCUCCCUCUCACCCUUUCCACCCUCUCACCCUUUCCACCCUCUCACCCUUUCCACCCUCUCACCCUUUCCUCCCUCUUACCCUUUCCACCCUCUCACCCUUUCCACCCUCUCACCCUUUCCACCCUCUCACCCUUUCCUCCCUCUCACCCUUUCCACCCUCUCACCCUUUCCUCCCUCUCACCCUUUCCUCCCUCUCACCCUUUCCACCCUCUCACCCUUUCCUCCCUCUCACCCUUUCCUCCCUCUCACCCUUUCCACCCUCUCACCCUUUCCACCCUCUCACCCUUUCCACCCUCUCACCCUUUCCUCCCUCUUACCCUUUCCACCCUCUCACCCUUUCCACCCUCUCACCCUUUCCACCCUCUCACCCUUUCCUCCCUCUCACCCUUUCCACCCUCUCACCCUUUCCUCCCUCUCACCCUAUCCUCCCUCUCACCCUUUCCACCCUCUCACCCUUUCCUCCCUCUCACCCUUUCCUCCCUCUCACCCUUUCCACCCUCUCACCCUUUCCUCCCUCUCACCCUUUCCUCCCUCUCACCCUUUCCACCCUCUCACCCUUUCCACCCUCUCACCCUUUCCACCCUCUCACCCUUUCCUCCCUCUUACCCUUUCCACCCUCUCACCCUUUCCACCCUCUCACCCUUUCCACCCUCUCACCCUUUCCUCCCUCUCACCCUUUCCACCCUCUCACCCUUUCCUCCCUCUCACCCUUUCCACCCUCUCACCCUUUCCUCCCUCUCUCCCUUUCCUCCCUCUCACCCUUUCCUCCCUCUCACCCUUUCCACCCUCUCACCCUUUCCUCCCUCUCACCCUUUCCUCCCUCUCACCCUUUCCACCCUCUCACCCUUUCCACCCUCUCACCCUUUCCACCCUCUCACCCUUUCCUCCCUCUUACCCUUUCCACCCUCUCACCCUUUCCACCCUCUCACCCUUUCCACCCUCUCACCCUUUCCUCCCUCUCACCCUUUCCACCCUCUCACCCUUUCCUCCCUCUCACCCUUUCCUCCCUCUCACCCUUUCCACCCUCUCACCCUUUCCAUCCUCUCACCCUUUCCUCCCUCUCACCCUUUCCACCCUCUCACCCUUUCCUCCCUCUCACCCUUUCCUCCCUCUCACCCUUUCCACCCUCUCACCCUUUCCUCCCUCUCUCCCUUUCCUCCCUCUCACCCUUUCCACCCUCUCACCCUUUCCACCCUCUCACCCUUUCCUCCCUCUCACCCUUUCCUCCCUCUCACCCUUUCCACCCUCUCACCCUUUCCACCCUCUCACCCUUUCCACCCUCUCACCCUUUCCUCCCUCUUACCCUUUCCACCCUCUCACCCUUUCCACCCUCUCACCCUUUCCACCCUCUCACCCUUUCCUCCCUCUCACCCUUUCCACCCUCUCACCCUUUCCUCCCUCUCACCCUUUCCUCCCUCUCACCCUUUCCACCCUCUCACCCUUUCCUCCCUCUCACCCUUUCCUCCCUCUCACCCUUUCCACCCUCUCACCCUUUCCACCCUCUCACCCUUUCCACCCUCUCACCCUUUCCUCCCUCUUACCCUUUCCACCCUCUCACCCUUUCCACCCUCUCACCCUUUCCACCCUCUCACCCUUUCCUACCCUCUCACCCUUUCCACCCUCUCACCCUUUCCUCCCUCUCACCCUUUCCUCCCUCUCACCCUUUCCACCCUCUCACCCUUUCCUCCCUCUCACCUUUCCUCCCUCUCACCCUUUCCCCCUAUCACCUUCUCACCCUUUCCACCCUCUCACCCUUUCCUCCCUCUCACCCUUUCCUCCCUCUCACCCUUUCCACCCUCUCACCCUUUCCACCCUCUCACCCUUUCCACCCUCUCACCCUUUCCUCCCUCUUACCCUUUCCACCCUCUCACCCUUUCCACCCUCUCACCCUUUCCACCCUCUCACCCUUUCCUCCCUCUCACCCUUUCCACCCUCUCACCCUUUCCUCCCUCUCACCCUUUCCACCCUCUCACCCUUUCCUCCCUCUCUCCCUUUCCUCCCUCUCACCCUUUCCUCCCUCUCACCCUUUCCACCCUCUCACCCUUUCCUCCCUCUCACCCUUUCCUCCCUCUCACCCUUUCCACCCUCUCACCCUUUCCACCCUCUCACCCUUUCCACCCUCUCACCCUUUCCUCCCUCUUACCCUUUCCACCCUCUCACCCUUUCCACCCUCUCACCCUUUCCACCCUCUCACCCUUUCCUCCCUCUCACCCUUUCCACCUCUCCCCUUCACACCCUCUCACCCUUUCACCCUUCCCUCCCUCUCACCCUUUCCUCCCUCUCACCCUUUCCACCCUCUCACCCUUUCCACCCUCUCACCCUUUCCUCCCUCUCACCCUUUCCACCCUCUCACCCUUUCCUCCCUCUCACCCUUUCCUCCCUCUCACCCUUUCCACCCUCUCACCCUUUCCUCCCUCUCACCCUUUCCUCCCUCUCACCCUUUCCACCCUCUCACCCUUUCCACCCUCUCACCCUUUCCACCCUCUCACCCUUUCCUCCCUCUUACCCUUUCCACCCUCUCACCCUUUCCACCCUCUCACCCUUUCCACCCUCUCACCCUUUCCUCCCUCUCACCCUUUCCACCCUCUCACCCUUUCCUCCCUCUCACCCUUUCCUCCCUCUCACCCUUUCCACCCUCUCACCCUUUCCUCCCUCUCACCCUUUCCUCCCUCUCACCCUUUCCACCCUCUCACCCUUUCCUCCCUCUCACCCUUUCCUCCCUCUCACCCUUUCCACCCUCUCACCCUUUCCACCCUCUCACCCUUUCCACCCUCUCACCCUUUCCUCCCUCUUACCCUUUCCACCCUCUCACCCUUUCCACCCUCUCACCCUUUCCACCCUCUCACCCUUUCCUCCCUCUCACCCUUUCCACCCUCUCACCCUUUCCUCCCUCUCACCCUUUCCACCCUCUCACCCUUUCCUCCCUCUCUCCCUUUCCUCCCUCUCACCCUUUCCUCCCUCUCACCCUUUCCUCCCUCUCACCCUUUCCUCCAUCUCACCAUUUCCUCCCUCUCACCCUUUCCUCCCUCUCACCCUUUCCACCCUCUCACCCUUUCCUCCCUCUCACCCUUUCCACCCUCUCACCCUUUCCACCCUCUCACCCUUUCCUCCCUCUCACCCUUUCCACCCUCUCACCCUUUCCACCCUCUCACCCUUUCCUCCCUCUCCUUCCUCCCUCUCACCCUUUCCUCCCUCUCACCCUUUCCUCCCUCUCACCCUUUCCUCCCUCUCACCCUUUCCUCCCUCUCACCCAUUCCACCCUCUAACCCUUUCCUCCCUCUCACCCUUUCCACCCUCUCACCCUUUCCACCCUCUCACCCUUUCCUCCCUCUCACCCUUUCCACCCUCUCACCCUUUCCACCCUCUCACCCUUUCCUCCCUUUCACCCUUUCCACCCUCUCACCCUUUCCACCCUCUCACCCUUUCCUCCCUCUCACCCUUUCCUCCCUCUCACCCUUUCCACCCUCUCACCCUUUCCACCCUCUCACCCUUUCCACCCUCUCACCGUUUCCUCCCUCUUACCCUUUCCACCCUCUCACCCUUUCCACCCUCUCACCCUUUCCAACCUCUCACCCUUUCCUCCCUCUCACCCUUUCCACCCUCUCACCCUUUCCUCCCUCUCUCCCUUUCCUCCCUCUCACCCUUUCCUCCCUCUCACCCUUUCCACCCUCUCACCCUUUCCUCCCUCUCACCCUUUCCUCCCUCUCACCCUUUCCACCCUCUCACCCUUUCCUCCCUCUCACCCUUUCCUCCCUCUCACCCUUUCCACCCUCUCACCCUUUCCUCCCUCUCACCCUUUCCUCCCUCUCACCCUUUCCACCCUCUCACCCUUUCCACCCUCUCACCCUUUCCACCCUCUCACCCUUUCCUCCCUCUUACCCUUUCCACCCUCUCACCCUUUCCACCCUCUCACCCUUUCCACCCUCUCACCCUUUCCUCCCUCUCACCCUUUCCACCCUCUCACCCUUUCCUCCCUCUCACCCUUUCCACCCUCUCACCCUUUCCUCCCUCUCUCCCUUUCCUCCCUCUCACCCUUUCCUCCCUCUCACCCUUUCCACCCUCUCACCCUUUCCUCCCUCUCACCCUUUCCUCCCUCUCACCCUUUCCACCCUCUCACCCUUUCCACCCUCUCACCCUUUCCACCCUCUCACCCUUUCCUCCCUCUUACCCUUUCCACCCUCUCACCCUUUCCACCCUCUCACCCUUUCCACCCUCUCACCCUUUCCUCCCUCUCACCCUUUCCACCCUCUCACCCUUUCCUCCCUCUCACCCUUUCCUCCCUCUCACCCUUUCCACCCUCUCACCCUUUCCACCCUCUCACCCUUUCCUCCCUCUCACCCUUUCCACCCUCUCACCCUUUCCUCCCUCUCACCCUUUCCUCCCUCUCACCCUUUCCACCCUCUCACCCUUUCCUCCCUCUCACCCUUUCCUCCCUCUCACCCUUUCCACCCUCUCACCCUUUCCACCCUCUCACCCUUUCCACCCUCUCACCCUUUCCUCCCUCUUACCCUUUCCACCCUCUCACCCUUUCCACCCUCUCACCCUUUCCACCCUCUCACCCUUUCCUCCCUCUCACCCUUUCCACCCUCUCACCCUUUCCUCCCUCUCACCCUUUCCUCCCUCUCACCCUUUCCACCCUCUCACCCUUUCCUCCCUUUCACCCUUUCCUCCCUCUCACCCUUUCCACCCUCUCACCCUUUCCUCCCUCUCACCCUUUCCUCCCUCUCACCCUUUCCACCCUCUCACCCUUUCCACCCUCUCACCCUUUCCACCCUCUCACCCUUUCCUCCCUCUUACCCUUUCCACCCUCUCACCCUUUCCACCCUCUCACCCUUUCCACCCUCUCACCCUUUCCUCCCUCUCACCCUUUCCACCCUCUCACCCUUUCCACCCUCUCACCCUUUCCACCCUCUCACCCUUUCCUCCCUCUCUCCCUUUCCUCCCUCUCACCCUUUCCUCCCUCUCACCCUUUCCUCCCUCUCACCCUUUCCUCCAUCUCACCAUUUCCUCCCUCUCACCCUUUCCUCCCUCUCACCCUUUCCACCCUCUCACCCUUUCCUCCCUCUCACCCUUUCCACCCUCUCACCCUUUCCACCCUCUCACCCUUUCCUCCCUCUCACCCUUUCCACCCUCUCACCCUUUCCACCCUCUCACCCUUCCUCCUCUCUCCCUUUCCUCCCUCUCACCCUUUCCUCCCUCUCACCCUUUCCUCCCUCUCACCCUUUCCUCCCUCUCACCCUUUCCUCCCUCUCACCCAUUCCACCCUCUAACCCUUUCCUCCCUCUCACCCUUUCCACCCUCUCACCCUUUCCACCCUCUCACCCUUUCCUCCCUCUCACCCUUUCCACCCUCUCACCCUUUCCACCCUCUCACCCUUUCCUCCCUUUCACCCUUUCCACCCUCUCACCCUUUCCACCCUCUCACCCUUUCCUCCCUCUCACCCUUUCCUCCCUCUCACCCUUUCCACCCUCUCACCCUUUCCACCCUCUCACCCUUUCCACCCUCUCACCGUUUCCUCCCUCUUACCCUUUCCACCCUCUCACCCUUUCCACCCUCUCACCCUUUCCAACCUCUCACCCUUUCCUCCCUCUCACCCUUUCCACCCUCUCACCCUUUCCUCCUCUCUCCCUUCCUCCUCUCACCCUUUCCUUUCCUCCCUCUCACCCUUUCCUCCCUCUCACCCUUUCUCCCUUCCCCUCUCACCUUUCCUCCCUCUCACCCUUUCCACCCUCUCACCCUUUCCUCCCUCUCACCCUUUCCACCCUCUCACCCUUUCCACCCUCUCACCCUUUCCUCCCUCUCACCCUUUCCACCCUCUCACCCUUUCCACCCUCUCACCCUUUCCUCCCUCUCACCCUUUUCCACCCUCUCACCCUUUCCACCCUCUCACCCUUUCCUCCCUCUCACCCUUUCCACCCUCUCACCCUUUCCACCCUCUCACCCUUUCCUCCCUCUUACCCUUUCCACCCUCUCACCCUUUCCACCCUCUCACCCCUUUCCACCUCUCACCCUUUCCUCCCUCUCACCCUUUCCACCCUCUCACCCUUUCCUCCUCUCUCCCCUUUCCUCCCUCUCACCCUUUCCUCCCUCUCACCCUUUCCUCCCUCUCACCCUUUCCCCCUCUCACCCUUUCCUCCCUCUCACCCUUUCCACCCUCUCACCCUUUCCACCCUCUCACCCUUUCCUCCCUCUCACCCUUUCCACCCUCUCACCCUUUCCACCCUCUCACCCUUUCCUCCCUCUCACCCUUUCCACCCUCUCACCCUUUCCACCCUCUCACCCUUUCCUCCCUCUCACCCUUUCCUCCCUCUCACCCUUUCCACCCUCUCACCCUUUCCACCCUCUCACCCUUUCCACCCUCUCACCCUUUCCUCCCUCUCACCCUUUCCACCCUCUCACCCUUUCCUCCCUCUCUCCCUUUCCUCCCUCUCACCCUUUCCUCCCUCUCACCCUUUCCUCCCUCUCACCCUUUCCUCCCUCUCACCCUUUCCUCCCUCUCACCCUUUCCUCCCUCUCACCCUUUCCACCCUCUCACCCUUUCCUCCCUCUCACCCUUUUCUCCCUCUCACCCUUUCCUCCCUCUCACCCUUUCCUCCCUCUCACCCUUUCCUCCCUCUCACCCUUUCCACCCUCUAACCCUUUCCUCCCUCUCACCCUUUCCACCCUCUCACCCUUUCCACCCUCUCACCCUUUCCUCCCUCUCACCCUUUCCACCCUCUCACGCUUUCCACCCUCUCACCCUUUCCUCCCUCUCACCCUUUCCACCCUCUCACCCUUUCCACCCUCUCACCCUUUCCUCCCUCUCACCCUUUCCUCCCUCUCACCCUUUCCACCCUCUCACCCUUUCCACCCUCCCACCCUUUCCACCCUCUCACCCUUUCCUCCCUUUUACCCUUUCCACCCUUUUCCACCCUCUCACCCUUUCCACCCUCUCACCCUUUCCACCCUCUCACCCUUUCCUCCCUCUCACCCUUUCCACCCUCUCACCCUUUCCACCCUCUCACCCUUUCCUCCCUCUCACCCUUUCCACCCUCUCACCCUUUCCACCCUCUCACCCUUUCCUCCCUCUCACCCUUUCCUCCCUCUCACCCUUUCCACCCUCUCACCCUUUCCACCCUCUCACCCUUUCCACCCUCUCACCCUUUCCUCCCUCUCACCCUUUCCACCCUCUCACCCUUUCCUCCCUCUCUCCCUUUCCUCCCUCUCACCCUUUCCUCCCUCUCACCCUUUCCUCCCUCUCACCCUUUCCUCCCUCUCACCCUUUCCUCCCUCUCACCCUUUCCUCCCUCUCACCCUUUCCACCCUCUCACCCUUUCCUCCCUCUCACCCUUUUCUCCCUCUCACCCUUUCCUCCCUCUCACCCUUUCCUCCCUCUCACCCUUUCCUCCCUCUCACCCUUUCCACCCUCUAA